GCCAAAGCCCCCUUAAAAAGAGGUUCUUACUGUAAUCAAGGGAUAAUUAUCCAUAUAUCCGUUUUCGGAGGUCUCCAGAAAAUGGGUCUCGCUGGGUCAAAACCACGAAACGUGCUUUCUCACCCACCAACAACAGGACACGACAAGGCUUACGCCCUCGUCACAGGAGCGACAUCAGGCAUCGGUCGGAGUUUGGCGGUUGAGUCAUGUCGGCGUGGACUCAAUGUCAUCGUUCAUGGACGUGAUCCCGUACGAUUAGACGCGCUUAUUAAGGACCUUCGAGAGCAAUACCCCUCUCGUGACAUCAGGGGUCUUGUCCUUGAUGCCGCAACAGCAUUCACAGCAUCUGGCGAGACUGGACAAGAGGCAUGGAACGCUUUAUUCUCCAUCACUGAUCUGAACCUCAAAGUCCUGGUCAACAAUGUUGGAAUUGGUCACAACCCCACCAAAGACUUCAUCACUUUCACGGAGCAGACACCGGCGCAAAUCACGCAGCUCAUUCAAGUCAACAUCUCGUUCAUGACGUUCCUUACAUACGCACUCUUGCCCACGCUUCAAAGAAAUGCAACCCCAGAAAACCCAAGUUUCAUUAUCAAUUCCGGGUCUUUGGCAGAGCUGGGCCUCCCAUGGGUGUCUGUAUACAGCGGCACAAAAGGAUACAUCACCGCCUUCAGCAAAGCACUCGAUACUGAGUUGAAGGGAGAAGGAAAACACGUGGAAGUUAUCUCUGCCCUCAUCGGUGAUACGGAUAGUGAUGGACACAAGGUCGGCACGAGCCUUUUCACGCCAAGCUCCGACGCCAUGGCGAGCAUGAUUCUGGAUUCAGCGGCUGGUGCUGGACCAGUCGCUAGGGUGCCCUACUGGGGCCAUCUAAUUCAGCUCUGGUUAUGCAGACUGCAACCGUACCGGCUACUACAGAAGGGAAUGAUCUACAAUGUAAGAGGGCUGAGAGAGAAGAAUGGGCUGGUGGCAAAGAAACAAGCCUGA